AUGACCUAUGGAUCAAAGCUAAUGUUUGUGGAAACUAGACCUAGGACCGGUCGAGUCGCCCGCCUGCCGCGACACAACCGAGCCGUGACCCGGGCUCCCGGGUGCUCGCCGAUGAGCAACCACAAGAGACAAAAUGUGGCAUUCGGAUCCUGUCCCUGUCAGAAGCUCCUGUCCAGUGUGGCAGAGAUGAGCAUGCUCCUCAUACAACCUAAAACGGCCUGGAUUGAUCCUGAAGCAAUCCGACAAUGCCCAACUGGGUUUGGAUUCCGAUACAGAACAUGGUCAAGGAAACAUAACACAACACAACAGCGACGAGAAAUGGAGUCGCUCAACCGCUACUUUUGUGACCAGGGAGUACCCCUCGUCCACCGCUUCACCAUUCCGGCUUCAUUCCUCGCCUAUCAGAAGCCUAACACCCUCGCUCUCCCAUUUCUCGGGGCACCAACUGAGCCGAUGUCCUAUCCCAUGGAUGAACGACCAGGGCAGCACCGUUCCUUGGGUACAUACGACUCUACUCUACCUCGUUUAUUCGCUAAGUUGCUUGUCCUUCCUUGCCUGCGAGUGAAUUCCCUGUGUCUUGGGUGUGCUUCUGCAUUCCCUCCACUUUAUGCCCAACCUAAAGGGUACCUCUUGCAGAGGGCCUCUAGCCUCCCCUCUGGGUCCGAGGAAGAGAGUACCGCUGCCGCGUCUCCAUUACAUGGAUACCUCUCACCCAGGUAUUUGGUAGAACCUGGCGCCCCGCUCCAAUGGCAACCUGGGAGCCCAGGGCGCCCACCUCAGAGGCCUGCUAGCACUGGGGUGAAAGUACCGCUACGGUGCAAACCUCAACCUCCUUCAAGCAUUUAG